GCAUUCAUAUAUAUAUAUAUAUAUAUAUAUAUAUAUAUACAUACAUACACAUAUACGUGUAUAUAUAUAUAUAUAUAUAUAUAUAUAUACGGGAUUUGGUAGGAGAGAUUACGGAUACGGACACGAUCGUUAGAGAAACAUUUCGAGACGCAGUAUCCUUCUUAACGCCCAUUUAAAAAAAUAUAAUAAUAUAUAAUGUUUCGCCGAAUAAGUUCGAUCUUCUCAAGCACGAAAUGUGCCGUGAAAGUGCGACCAAUAAAAUAAUAAUAAUAAUAAUAAUAAUAUAAUAAUAAUAAUAAUAAUAAUAAUUAAUCAGUCAAUCAAUAAUAACAAUAAUAAUAAUAAUAAUAAUAAUAAUAAUAAUAAUAAAUUAUUCGUCAGGGAAUAACAUCGAAUAAUAAAGUGGCAAGGUGAAGUGUUGAUUAUCGUGGACUACUCUAAGCCGAGUUACGAUCGAAGAUUCUACAAGAGACGACAAGAAGAGAGUUUCUUCCUCGUUGGUAUAUAUCUUCGAUUCCGAGGGUCCGCCUUUCUGCGUUGGGUGCCAGCAAACAAAAACGGAUUAUGUCAUAGAGUCGUUCGACGGCAGGGGCAGGGGUUGGGGCAGAGGUGAGGCCGGGCCAGGCGGAGAUCGAAUAAGGGAUGAAUGGAACGGCGGCGUUGCGGCGCAGCCUCGGGGGUGGCGGAGGCGCCGCCGGGGGUGGAGCCUCUGAGCCAGCACCCGUCACCACCCUCUACGUGUGCAAAGAUGAAGCUGGAUUCGGGAUGAAAGUUUCUGGUGAUAAUCCUGUCUAUGUUCAAUCCGUUAAAGAAGGUGGAGCAGCAGCUAGGGCCGGCCUUCACGCAGGCGACAAAAUAAUCAAAGUCAAUGGGGUGAACGUAAUGCAGUCCACGCACACGGACGUGGUGAAGCUGAUAAAGUCCUCAACGCAGGUGGCAUUGACGGUGCAGCAGAAGCCACUCGGUGCUGGAAGUUCGACAGCAAUGGGAACGGGCUUACAGAUUGGUUAUUCGACCGGUCAACAACAUCAAAGGUCGUCAGUUUUGCCGUCUGGUACGACGAUGGUAUCAUCACCCUCGCAAGCUGCGACCUCCCUUUAUAGGGCGUCGACCAUACCAAUGGGGGGUGGUAGUAGCGGUGGUACACCCUGCAACCCUUUGCAAGCCCUUAUCACCGGACCGCAACCGGUCGAUCUAGAGAAAAAGCGACAGUUGGAGACCCAACGCGUUCACACAUUCCAGCUCAUGUUGGAGAAGGAACGAAGUUACGUCGACAAACUUCGUAGCGAGUUAGCCAAAGCUGGAGCCUGUGGCUAUAAUGUCAACAAUGUAGCAACGUUACAAUCUGAUUUAGCGGGAGCCGAAAGAAGAGUUCGUACCCUGCAGGAUCGACUUGCCGCAAUUACCAAUAACGAGCAGCUUUGCUCAUUGGUAACAAACACCGCGUGUACCCCGGACUAUUUUCCACUUUCGAGCAGUAGUGGCGGUGGUGGUGAUGUUCCACCACCUCUACCUUCUCGUAAAUCCUUAUCCAUGCAAAGUCUUUCUCCGCCACCUUUGCCUCCCAGACCUUCACCCGCAAUAAAUACACAAAAUACAGUCCAAAUGGAGGUGGAACGACAUCUGCUGACUCAUUUAACGCCCUCAACCACCAGUCAUGGCAUACCUAACUCUGGUGCAAAUUUAGGUUCGUCAAAUUCGUUAAAUAAACAUCAAAGGACAAAGUCAAGUCCAGAACAAUUGGGAGCCUCGAUGAUCUCUCCUGCUGAGGCAAGCAGACGUUUAAUAGCAUCUGAAUCUGCUUGUGAUCUUUCACCCACGAGACAUGCGAGGCAUAAUGACGUUGAAGUUGAAGAUUUACCUCAUAUUACACCUCCGGGAACUCCACCUCCACCAUAUCCAACACCUAGUCCAGGAAAUGAUACCUCUUCUUCUUUAAACGAUAGUACAUACGAUAGUUACGUGAUUGUUUCUCCACUUUCUCCACUACGACAGACACUUCUCCUCAACGAAAGCAUUCCUGGCUUACCAAUGUUACAACAACCAAUCAUGUCAAUGGAAGACGAUGAUAUGAGCGAUCAGGAAGUUGGUCAAUUGGAGGACCAUGGACCAUUCAAAUCAUUGUCAAGGUUGUGGGAACAUCAUGCGCAUCUUGCUGUAUUUAUUAAUUACGUUUUAUCAAACAGUGAUCCUUCCAGUCUGUUGUUUUACUUAGUAACGGAUUUAUAUAAGGAAGGAAACGCCAAAGAAAUGAGAAAGUGGGCGUACGAAAUUCAUUCUAGUUUUUUAGUACCUGGUGCACCUCUCCAUCUACAUAACGUAGAUGAAAACGUUGCACAUGAGAUAGAUGAUGUUCUUCUAAAAGAAUCCGAUAAAGAAGAAAUUUUACGUAAAAUAUUUUGGAAAGCACGUAAUCGUGCGAAAGAGGAGCUGAACGAACAACUUGCAGAUUUUCAACAGAAAAGGACUGCAGGUUUGGGCACAUUGUUUGGCCCGAGUGACGCUCAGUUGGAUGAAAGUGUAUCUGACAAAGCAAAAGAAACGAAGAUCAUAGAAACAUAUCUUUUGCCUAAAAUGGAACCUUAUCUCGAAGACAUAGAAAAGGAAAAUGUAGAUCUUCGACAGUUCACAACAGCAGCUGGUUUGGCAACGAUAUUGACAAAAAUUUUUCAAGUACGACCAGUAUCUCUUGAUCGAGUACCUACUUUUGUAGCUAAAGAUAAAUCAAACAUUAAAGCUAGAUUACUUACGGGAAAGACUAGAAAAAUGACGAUUAGAGGACAUCGCUUUGUAGCACAUCAGUAUUUUACGAUAACUUAUUGCAAUCAUUGCCAAUUAAUUAUUGGCGGUAUAGGCCCUCAAGGAUAUCUCUGUAGUGAUUGUUCUCUAAGCGUCCAUCGACAAUGUGUUCGUGUAGUAGAAGAAAACUGUCUCGGUCCAUUAGUCAGGAAAGAGAGAGCCAAUGAUCGGAUAAGUAAAUUAAUGGAACGCAUUCGGCCUGAAAGAAAACCACCAUCGUCUCAUCAUCAUCAUCAUUCUCAGAAUCAUAUGUUACACAUCGAAAGAAUCAAAAGAAGCGAAGAAGAUGCGGGUGCAUUAACGGAUGGUGAAAAUGAUCCAACUGGGAUAUUGGAGAAGAUAAGCAGGGACAAAGUAUCGAAGAAGGUGAAAACGACGAAAACAAAAAUAAAAACGAAAACAAAGACGAAGACCGUGGUUAAGGGUACAACGAGCGCUACUUCUAGCAAAUGUUCGAUAGCUGGUAAAGUUUGGGAGACAUUGGCGGCUGUUAGAAAAAUUCGUGGACUGAAUGGUAGUAUCUUAGAGACAGCUUUAAUCGUGCAUCUCGAUCGUUUGAAUAAUAUAUCUUCGUGCGAUAAAUCAAAGGUGUGCAAAUUUACGGAGAAGAAAAAUGAUAAUGUGAAGGAUAAUAUAGAUUAUUAUAACAAUUACGUCGGUCUUCUUACCGACGAUGACAACAAGGAAGGCAACGACGACGUCAACGUCGACGUUAAUGACAACGACGACGACGACGACGACGACAACGACGAUGACGACGUUAACGACGUUAACGAUGAGGAUGACGAGGAUGAAAAUGAGAAUUGUGCCGAUCUUAAAGACAUUUAUCCAAAAUUCGAUGAAAGAAGAAUUACGCAGGAGAUGAACUAUAGUCAAGGAGAACAUCGUGGAGGCGGUACAACCGGAAACGCCGAUAGCAUGGACGAUCCUUCCUCUAGAGAAGAAAUGUCCGAAAUGGUGCAGCAAAAUAUUUCCAGUAAGCCAAAGACAUCGAACAUAAACAGGUCUGAGAGUUACAAGGAACGGAUACAUCAUAAGCGACAGUUGCGAGAAAAACGAAAAACCAGUGAUCCGAAUCUCUCCAAAACAAAUGACUCCGAUCCUUCCGGAACAUUUCCUGGAAAUUCGGCUGGUAGUUCGUCUAAUAGCAGUUUAUCGACGAGAAGUUUGGACAGUCCAAGUACGAGCUUGGAACAAGUGCAUCCAGCGACCUCGUCGGCCAAUGCAUCGACCUCGUGGGACAGUGACGUCGAUGUCGAGCCAGAUCCAUCCGAUUGGAGUCAAGGUGUCACCGAAGAAGUACUAGCGCGUCUUAGUAAUUCCGAGAAAAAGAGGCAAGAAGUUAUCAAUGAACUGUUUCAUACGGAACGAUCUCACGUACGUGCUUUGAAGGUACUGUCCCAUGUCUUCCACAAACCAUUACUAGAAUCGCAAGUAUUGCCAUUGGAUCAGAUCCAAUUGCUCUUCUCGAAUCUGGAAGAAAUGGUAGCGAUACAUUCGCGUUUCAACCAAGCGAUGAAAAGGAAGAAGAAGGAAAAUCCUUGCGUGGGCGAUGUCGGUGAACUUUUGUUGGAGAUGUUCGAUGGUGAAGCCGGUGAAACGUUCGAACGCGCCGCCUCGACUUAUUGUGCGAAACAGCAAGUUGCUUUGGACGCAUUGAGAGAUCGUCGUAGGAAAGAUCUCAAAUUAAAUUCGUUCCUGAACGAAAUCGAAGCCAAUCCUCUUUGUAGGAGAUUACAAUUGAAGGACCACAUACUUACCGGUAUGUUGAGACUGACCAAGUAUCCUUUGCUCUUUGAAAAUCUCGCAAAAUAUACGACGGAAAAAAAACGAGAAGAGAAAGCAUCGGUGUUACGUAGUCUUGAACGUAGCAAAGAGAUCUUAAGUCGUGUAAAUCAGGCCGUAAAGGAGGCAGAAGAUUACCAACGUCUCGUAGAAAUACAACGUACGAUAGACAGGUCGGCCUUCGAUAAGUUCGAUCAUCCUACGGUUCAAGAGUUUAAAAAUCUCGACAUAACUAAACGCAAACUUAUUUAUGAGGGUCCAUUGCAAUGGCGUAGAACAGAACAGAAUAGAGCGAAACCGGUUGAUUUGCAUGUCGUUUUAUUCGACGACACAAUAUUCCUUUUACAUCGGCAAGACGAAAAAUAUCUAUUAAAGUUCAUUAAUACGAGCCAAGCGAGUUCCGUAUUGAGUCCCAUUGUGAAAGUUUCGACGGUAUUGGUUAGGCACAAUGCCGUGGACAAGAACUCUUUGUAUUUGGUUAAUACAUCGCAAAACGGAGCGCAGAUCUAUGAUUUGGUAGCUGCAUCUCCGGCCGAAAGGAAAUUGUGGUGCAAACAUAUUUCUGAAGCUGCCGAGGCUUAUAAAGCACGUGAUAGACAGGACAGAAGACCAACGCCACCUACAACACUGCCAGAAGAGACCACAGUAUCGUCUAAUGUCGUAGAGGAUACAACACCGCCUUCUUCUGUCGUAGCUAGUCAUGUCGUCAUAGAGGAUAAAACUGAUCAUAAGGUGGAACAAGAACAACAUGAGCCAGAGCAUGAACACGAACCAAUAAUUGAAUACGAACAUGAAGCAGAACUGGAAACAGAAUCGAAUCAGAAAGACGAAAGAGAAGGGGAACAUGAGGAAAUUGAACAUGAACGAUUAGAUAAACGUGACAUUGAACCAGAACCUGAACAUGAGUUUGAGCCAGAAACGGAUGAACAACAGCAGCAUGUGCCUGAAUCUGAACCUGAUGAACAUGAAAACGAAACGGAAAAAGUCAUACGUGAACAACAUGGUUACGAGCGGGAAAACGAAAAGAAAGAAUUGGAAGGCGAACAAGGAGAUGAACAACAACAACAACAACAACAACAAGAACUAUUGUAUUUGGGAGAUGGUGAUAUAGGAGAACAUCGCGGAGGCGGUACAACCGGAAACGCCGAUAGCACGGACGAUCCUUCCACUAGAGAAGAAAUGUCCGAAAUGAUGCAGCAAAAUAUUUCCAGUAAGCCAAAGACGUCGAACAUAAACAGAUCUGAGAGUUACAAGGAACGGAUACAUCAUAAGCGACAAUUACGAGAAAAACGAAAGACCAGUGAUCCGAAUCUCUCCAAAACAAAGGCUUAUUUCAGUGACUGCGAUCCUUCCGGAACAUUUCCUGGAAAUUCGGCUGGUAGCUCGUCUAAUAGCAGUUUAUCGACGAGAAGUUUGGACAGUCCAAGUACGAGCUUGGAACAAGUGCAUCCAGCGACCUCGUCGGCCAAUGCAUCGACCUCGUGGGACAGUGACGUCGAUGUCGAGCCAGAUCCAUCCGAUUGGAGUCAAGGUGUCACCGAAGAAGUACUAGCGCGUCUUAGUAAUUCCGAGAAAAAGAGGCAAGAAGUUAUCAAUGAACUGUUUCAUACGGAACGAUCUCACGUACGUGCUUUGAAGGUACUGUCCCAUGUCUUCCACAAACCAUUACUAGAAUCGCAAGUACUGCCAUUGGAUCAGAUCCAAUUGCUCUUCUCGAAUCUGGAAGAAAUGGUAGCGAUACAUUCGCGUUUCAAUCAGGCAAUGAAAAGGAAAAAGAAGGAAAAUCCUUGCGUGGGCGAUGUCGGUGAUCUUUUAUUGGAAAUGUUCGACGGAGAAGCCGGUGAGACGUUCGAACGUGCCGCCUCGACUUAUUGUGCGAAACAGCAGGUUGCUUUGGACGCGUUGAGAGAUCGACGUAGGAAAGAUCUUAAAUUAAAUUCGUUUCUGAACGAAAUCGAAGCCAAUCCUCUUUGUAGGAGAUUACAACUGAAGGACCACAUACUGACAGGUAUGUUGAGAUUGACCAAGUAUCCUUUGCUCUUCGAGAAUCUCGCAAAAUAUACGCCGGAAAAGAAUGAGAAGGAAAAGGCAUCGGUGUUUCGUAGUCUCGAACGUAGCAAAGAGAUCUUAAGUCGUGUAAAUCAGGCCGUAAAGGAAGCAGAAGAUUACCAACGUCUCGUAGAAAUUCAACGUACCAUCGACAGAUCGGCCUUCGAUAAAUUCGAUCACCCAACCGUUCAAGAGUUCAAGAAUCUCGAUAUAACUAAACGCAAACUUAUUUACGAGGGUCCAUUGCAAUGGCGUAGAACCGAACAGAAUAGAGCGAAACCGGUCGAUUUGCAUGUCGUCUUACUCGACGACACGAUAUUUUUCUUGCACCGUCAAGAUGAAAAGUACCUGUUAAAGUUUAUUAAUACCAGUCAAGCGAAUUCCGUGUUAAGCCCUAUCGUUAAAGUAUCAACGGUACUUGUCAGGCACAAUGCUGUGGACAAAAACUCAUUGUAUUUGGUCAAUACCUCGCAAAAUGGAGCACAAAUUUAUGACCUGGUGGCUGCCUCUCCGGCCGAACGCAAGUUAUGGUGUAAACACAUUUCAGAAACGGCCGAAGCUUAUAAGACUCGUGAUAGACAAGGUAGAAGACCUACUCCACCUACUACACUGCCAGAAGAGUCUGUAUCCGGAAUGGAGGAUACGUCUUUGGCUCUGCCUAGUCAUGUCGUCGAAGGUAAAACAGAUCAUGCCGCGGAACAAGAACACGAGCCAGAAAACGAACAUGAACGUGAACCAGAAUUAGAGUCUGAAUUAGAACGAGAACAUGAACAAAAAUUAGAAUCGGAACAAGAACAUGAAAAAGAGCAAAAGGAUAGGCCUGAUAACUUAGGAAAUAUUGAAAAAGAGGAAGACGGUGGUGUACCGGAUACCGCAAAAGUUGAACCUUCGACGAGCGAAUCAUCAUCACAACAACAUCAACCACAAAAGUCCGAGUCACCAACACCAAGAGGUAUUGGGGAACCAUUGCGUAUGGUCAUCACAGAAAUCUCCCUUAUUGAUCCUCUUGAAGUACACGUGGAGGUACCAUCUGUGCAUGUUGCAGAACCAGUUCUUACAACGAUAGAAUGUCCAAGACGUGUAGGAAAUUUACGUAGAUAAGAAUUAAAAGCGGAAGAAUUGGCAAGAGGAUCUGGGUAAGCUUAAUGGUGAUUUAAAGCAGCAAUCGCCCGACAAGCGAAAAGUCUUCUCCUCGGGUUCGUAAUCCCGGUCCAGCCACCCAAACCAUUUUUUCCGCCUGAAGUCUUCUUCACAAGUGAGAUAUUCACCCGCACCAACAACAACAAUACACUGUCGUGUGUGCGAAUUUCGUGGAGAAUUGUGUUCCCAACUAAUUAUGACACUUGAACAUGGCAGCUGACAAAAGUUGCAGUUUUUAAUAUGUGUGUGUUCCUCCUUGGGCCCGUAGCAUCGUUAUAAAGAAAAAAAGAAAAAAAAGGAAGAAGAAGAAAAAGAAAACAAAAAUAAAAUGGAAUGAAAUGAAAUGAAAUGAAAUGAAAUGAAAUGAAAUUUAUGAGGGUCACAACACAGUUAAGCUGGGCCGGAGAACGUAAAAAAGAGAAUUUUAUAGGGAUAAAGAAUAAUUAGAAGCGGGAAAAAUUGGCAAGAGAAUGUUGGAUAAUUUUAAUAAUAAUGGUCAGAAAAAAGAAGUCAGUCCGGCAAAACCAAAAAAAAAAGAAAGAAAAGAAUAAGAAAAAAAAUCCGGGAUCAUCAAUUUUCGAUUCUGACAACCCAAAAUCCAUUUUUCUAUCAACUUUGUAAAACAUUGACAUGUCUUUGAAAAGUAAUGAAUGAUACUUUAUCAAAAGUUGAGAUGUGUUUUUGAGAAAAACAAACGAAAAUUUGCAGAAUUGUAACUGAUAUUUACCAAUUGUUAAGAAUGGAAAAUAUGAAAGAGAGAAAAUAUUUAUGCUCUUACAAACGUUACGAUCAUUGCUUCGCAAAAAGCGAAUAUAAUAAUAACCCUUUCUGUAUCGUUUACAUUUUUAACGAUUCGUUUACUAUAGUAAUAGUAAUAGAUGUUUAUUCGUUUUGGACUUCAUAGUUUUGAAGAGUGAAUCUAUUUUUUACAGAUUAAAAUUCUCUAUUUAUUUUUAUUUGCUUAUCAAAGUGUUCUGAUCGUUUUUCAAUCGUUUUUUUUCCAAUUAUUGCUGUGUUCACAGUUUUACCUUUCCUUUAUAUAAAUAUGUGUUUACGUAUAUAUAUAUAUAUAUAUAUAUACACACACAUAUACAUAUAUAUAUAUUAUUGUAAAUUAUCUGCAUUCAUUCUGUUUCAAUAGUCUCUCACUGAUUGUAUUUUUUUUUUUUGUAUAUAUAUUUGUCUCUCUACAUUUAUUUUAUAAUUUUAGUUUUGAGUUUGCUUUCUUACAAUUUUUCAAAAUUCGACAAUUUUGUAUUUGCUAAAUAUUCAACGCCAUUUUUAUUGAGGGGAAAAGAGAGAGAAAAAAGAAACAUUUCUGCUAUACUAACGAUUAUUUCUUGGCAAACAUUACAAUUGUAGUAACCACACUGAUAAAGAAGAGGAAAAUGAAAAACACGUAAAUAAAAAAUACAGAGAAGAAAAUAUGCUUAUAUAUAAUAGAUCUAUAUAUAAAUAUAUAUAUAUUUCGACAUGUACAUUCAAACGCAUGUAUAUAUACUUAUAUAAAUUUAUCCUUUGAAACAUAUAAGAGGCGAUCGAUCACCACAUGACAAUGGUCAUCAUUUGUUUAUUAUAGUAACUAUAAGUUACACACAGCGCUUAAAUCAAUGCGCAUAAUUGUAAGAAGAGAUAUGGCGUAUUUUUUUUUUUUUUUUUUUUUUUCCUAUAAACAAUUGAAUUUUUGAAAAUAUUUAUAUUUACUACGUAUAUAAGGGAAGUUAUAAGAACACGAAAAAGAAAAGAGAAGAGACACAAGAUGAGUGACAAAAGUUUGCAGAAGAGAAAUCACACACACACAACAUACACACACACACAUACAGAGAGAGAGAGAGAGAGAGAGAGAGAGAGAGAGAGAGAGAGAGAGAGAGAGAGAGAGAGAGAGAGAGAGAGAGAGAGAGAGAGA